AUGAAUUAUAGAUAUCGCGGUGAUUGCCUUAAUCAAGCAAUAUGCAAAUGCUCAUGCGAAGUCGAUAGUACAAAACCAGCUAAAAAUGCCUGUACGAAAUCGGAGCGAUGUGACUGCCUACGUAUAAAAGAAUCUUGCAGUAAAUUAUGCGCUUGUAAACAAAUAUGCAAAAAUAAGGAGACGACUAGGAAAUUAAUUAAAGUAAUAAAACCAUCACAAGGUUGCCAAUGCGCCAAAACGAAAAAGCAAUGCGUAAAGAAGGAAUGCGUAUGUCGAAGUAUUUACGAAUUUUGUAAUAGCAGCUGUAAAUGUGGUGGAGAUUGUACAAAUGGACCAUCAAAAUUUCGUAUUCCGAAGCAUGUUCAAAGCUGUUAUCUGGAACAUAAAAAUGAAAGUAGUGGGCUGAUAGUCACACUUAUUGGUGAUGAUUAUAUCUAUCGUGGUGAUUUUUAUCAUGAAAGCAAAAGUGAACCUCAUGUCGAAGAGCAAUUAGUUGCUGCUAUCUAUGACCUCAUCUCGAAGUACAAGGUUGACUUAAACGAAGUGGUGAUUUACGUCUCAAAAAGUCCGUGCUUCCACCAGGAUUGCGAUCCGAAAUGUGAAGUUGUCGACGAAUGUCGUUGUAAUAAAGCUUGCGCGAAAUUGCUUGGAUUACUUCUCUCAAAAAUCCGUAAAGAAUUGAGUAAAGUUGAUGUGAGAAUGACCGUAAAAUUUCUAUAUCCACAUUUAAAUCGUGGCGAUUUGUAUACGAAACAAGGAAUAUUAUGUAUGCUACAAGCUGGCAUCAAGGUUGAACCAUUAUUAAUGAAAGAUUGGUCAACAGUAAUGGAUUGGUCACCUCAUGAACAUAAAGGAGAAUAUUUGCAGUUAUGGAAUAAUCACAAAUUGGAUAAAGCUGUAGCUCAAUCACAAUCAUUCAUUAAUGAAUGUCGACGAGCUCUUGGCUUGUCAAUGAAAUUUUGGGUUGCUGAAAUUCAUGAAAUUGUUAAGAACACAAUUCUUCAUUAUUCGGAAAUUCGAACGAAAUGUAGCGAAUUAAAUGAAGCACUUAAGCUGCUCGAUCUCACGGCUACACCGCAUAAAAUUCGUUCAACGCCAAGUAAGAGACGUAGUUUUAUCGAUAUGUUGGAACUUCGCGAUAAACUUCUAUUAAGGCAUACAAGUGAUAAAAAUAAAAUUGGAAGUAAUAUGUCUGUUGCGAGUGAAGAUGCUCAUGCACAAGCGAUGGUUGCCUCAUUUUGUGGUCGUUCUUUCGAUGAUAGCGAAACUAAUGAAAUAGCUCAACGAAUAAGACGAGCAACAGCAAAUAUUAAUGUUGAAAUUGAAACUUUACUUGAAUUUUUAACUCAUAAAGGAGCUAUUGGCUAA